GUUUUUUUCGCAACGCGGUAAAUUUACAGAUUUAAGUUGUAUAAAAUGAAAAGAAAAUGAAUCAAAAGAACGCUCCUGGAUAUGGGUAUAACCCAGGAUAUGAACCACAACCAUUUGUGUGUCCUUCAGUACCCACAAACUCAGCCUCAAUAUUUGGUCUUACUGCACAUGGGAACAAUAAUCCUCCCCCUAUUCAACCAAUUCCCCCUAAUGAAGCAGGUGGGCACUCACAGCCAAUAUAUGUAGCACAGAAACUUAAUCAGAUGAAUGCUCCUCAACCUACACAGCCUAUUCAGUCCCAGACUUCUGGUGUUUCAGGUGAUGUUCAACAAAAGCAGAUAGCCUUCUUGGAAGCCAAGUCACUGAUUGAAAAAAUACAAUCUGGUUCUUGGACUUCUCUCCCUGGUCUUUGCAAGCCUGGUGCUGCUUUUAACCCUGACGCACAGAAUAUGCCUGGAGUAAUUGAUAGCUUGGCUCAAAAGCCUGAAAUGGCUGGUAGUCCAAUACAAAGGCCCGGAGUAGCAAGUUAUCAAACUCACAGACCUUAUUUUUCUGAUAGUCAGACAAACAGACCUGGAAUGGCAAGUAGUCAGUCACAGAGGCCUGGAAUCAUAAGUAGUCAGACACAUGGUUAUGGAAUUAUGAGUAGUCAGACAGAGCGGUAUGGAAUCAUGAGUAGUCAUACACAGAGGCCUGGCAUCAUGACUUAUCAGACACAGGGGCCUGGAAUAGCAAGAAGUCAGACUGAGAUACCUGGAAUUGCAAAUAUUCAAACCCGGAUUCCUGGAAUUGCAAAUAUUCAGACCCAGAUUCCUGGAAUUGCAAGUAGUCAGACCCAGAUACCUGAAAUUGCAAGUAGUCAGACCCAGAUACCCGAAAUUCAAAGAAGUCUAACCCAGAGACUUUGCACAACAAAUAGUCUGACUCAAAGUCCUGGAACUGUUCCUAAUCAAGUUCAAAUACCUGGAAUCCACGAAGACAUAAUACAGAACCCUCUUCAGACAGAGAGCAGAGAGACUAUGAAACUAGAUGAUUUGGGUUACAAGGGGGAACAAAAAGAAAGAGAACACUUUGGUAGAGAAAAAGCCUUGGAAGAGAUAGAUAGAUACAGGACUGGACGAAUAAACGAAGUCAAAGAUGUUUACAAUCGUAAAGAAGAUAAAUAUGUUGAUAGGCUGAAAAGUAGCGAUGACAAGUUGAAAAAAAGCAAUGAUUAUGACAAGGCCAUUACUGGCGAUUCAUUUCUUGAUGAAGUAAGAAGGAAAAGAAUGGUUCAGGAUUUUUGUCGUAAAGAUGGUUCCAGUGAAAAAGAUGUUGGAAGAAAAUCCCCAACGGUGUUUGACUAUGGGCACUCCAAAAAUUACACUGUUGGAAGUUUGAAUGCUUAUGACCAAGAUAACAGAUAUGAGACAGAAACAAGAGCAGAAUCACAAAAGUACAGAGAACAAGACAGUUCAGGUAAAGAUAACUACAGUGGAAGGCAGAAACCAAAGCCCGCGGAUGAUUUAUAUGAUGAGGUUGAUAGUUAUGAGAAAAUGGAAAAAUAUUCUAGGUCUGAGAAAGACUUUUGGGGUAAUAGGGACUCCCAUAGAGCAUUAUCCUAUAAAUCAGAAACACCAAAAGAAAACAAAUAUGAAAAGGUUGUUGAUGGAAGAGAUAUGGAUGAAUAUAAAAGGGACAGAGCAAGUGAUCUUGAGGAAAAAGGCUAUAGCCCCAGAGACACACAUGAUGAAACAAAUACUAGAUCACCAGAAUAUAUCAAUUGGAAUGACAUGGAAUACUUUGACAAGACAUUUGAUGAGGAGAUGGAAUAUACCACAAUGGAUACUGGUCAUGCUGGUGCAACCAUAUCUGAUGAAAGAAUGCAGAGUAUAGAAACAAAAACAUCUCAGCCUAAGGAUUCUUAUGAAAGACACAGUAUGUAUCAGUCUGAAAAGAAUGAGAAAGAAUAUGAGAUAGAGUAUAGAGAUUAUGAAAGAACUUACGAAUUAGACAGAGACAAGGUGGAGUUUGAGAGGAAAAAUGAAAUAUUUGGACUGGAAAGAACCACUGAUAGGGGAAAAGGGAAAGGGUACACAGAUAGCUUUGGGAAGGAAAGGCGUAGGGAGAAGGGGUAUGAAAGGUAUAGGAAAGAGAGGCACACAUCUGAUGAAAAAAAUAGUGUGGAUAGCAGUACUGGUAGUAGUGAGGAUUACAGAAAUGUUAGAGAAGAAGAUAGAAGUGCUUACAGACAAAGGGAAAGAAAUGAAGAAAGGUAUAACAGAUAUCAGAGGGAUAGGAAGGAACAAAGACCUAGAGAAUCAAGUGGAAAGAGACAUGAUGAGGAUAGGUAUAGAAAUAAAAGAAUAGAUUCAUCUGAGGGUCAAAGAAGAAGAGAGCAACGCAGAAGGUAUUCAAAUUAUGGAGCUGAAAGAGAAAAAGACAGUGGAAAAGACAGAAGAUUUUCAAGCAGUGACAAAGGAGACAAUCAGAGUAGACAAUAUUCUCCAGUCUCAGACAAAGAAGAGAGAGCACAGAGGUCGGACAAAGCAGUUGUACGAAAACGUUCAGAAACAGGGGAAAGACAACAGAGAUGGGAUCAAACACAAGGCCAGAAGAGAAAGGAGACUGGAUCUGAGAUGUAUGAAGAUUUCUUGUUUGGGCCAGGUGGCGAGUUGGAUGAGAUGGAAGAAGGAGAGGUUCCCGUGGAUGAUGGCCUGCCAGGAGAGAGACGAGGUGGGGCCAGGCAGAAACGGGAGGAAACAGCUACAAGUACAGUUACUAGCACUGAUACAACAGCAGUCGGUGACGUGAUUCAGAAAGAUACUCAGCCAAAGCCUGUGCCACAUCCAGCCUUCUUUUGUCUGGACUGUAACCUGUCGUGCAAGGACCAAACGGGAUAUGACAACCAUCUCAAGUCAGAUUUACAUCUUCUGACAUUGCAGAAGAGAGCACAGGAAUUGUUCUGCAUCAGUGCUAGGCCCAGCAGAUUCCAGACCGAUGGAUUUGGUAACCCGCUUAAAGCCACCGUCCUUCCAACUACACUCAUUACUGGGAUCAAUGUAAACAGCUCCCUCACAAGUAUGGCAGGUGGUCUGGCCACAGGGAGAAAUGUGUUCAGGGGGGAGGAGAAUGCUGAUAUAGAUGACACACCCAUGCCUGCACAGUUUACAAGCAACAGAGUGCAAGUGAUUCCACCAAAGCCCUUGGGCCCACUGGAGGCUAGGUCGGUCCAGACAACGUGGCUCAUCCUGUACUGGCGAGCCAGGACCGAUAUAGAGGAACAGAUGAUUGAUAAAUACGUCGUCGAGUAUCGAAAUGCUCGGGAAGUUCGCUGGGCUCGUGUUGGUCAGACGCCGAAACACGAGUAUGAAGUGAAUGGCUUGCAGGAGGGCACAGACUACCUGUUCCGAGUGUAUACCAUGAACGGGGUGGAGAAAAGUGACAUGUUGGAGUCCGUCCUCAUCACCACAAAGAAACCCAGAGUAUCCCCAGAAAGAAGUUCCCACGGGCCUGUUCACAGAGGUCGAGAGAUUGCCCCAAGGUCAAGGCCAUUUGAGAAGUCACACGAUAGGUCACAUGAUCGAAGCAGGUUCCGCCCCGGUGACUUAAGAAGGGAUAGGUCACGUGACUACACUAAGGGUCACCAUAGAUCAGGGGACAGAGGGAACAGAUCAAGGUCUCGUACAAGGUCAAGGUCACGCAGCCGAUCCAGGGGAAAGAAUAGGUCGAAGGAGAGAGGCAGGCCACAUAGUGGCGGUGAAAGACCAAAAAGUGGAGAUCGCGCUAAGGCAAAUGAUAGAGAUAAAAAGUUGACGUCAACCAAUGAGAAAAAAAGUGAGGAAACGAAGCAAGAGAUGAAGAUCAAAGUCGAAGGUGAAAAGAAAGAUAAUGAACCCAAAGAAAAUCAAACUGAAGAAAAGAAAGAGGAGCAAGAAGAUGAGCAAGAUGUUGAAUGUUUGUUGUACAGACAGUUUGACUUAGCUGGGGACAGCCCACUUCUCGGUCUGGAUGAGAUAUACGAGUUUCAGAAGUACAACAGUCGGCAGCCUCAGCAUUACGUGUGUAAGCUAUGUAACAACAAGGGGAGUGAUAAGGUCAUAAUGCGGCACAUCAUGGGAUACCCUCACAAAAUGGCAUUCUUUAAAAAGCACUACCCUGAUCUGUACAGCGUGAUACAGAUGGCUCCAUUGCGUCGUAAGCAGACUGAGCGUAUGAAUUUCGAAGGGCGUAAAAUAGAGGAUGAGGCUGGCAGAGGAGCAGUCAAAGUUCUGAAGAUGCUUAACCCCGAGGACAAUGAAGGGAAGCAAAAGUUUUCCAAACCAGUGUCAGUACCAGCCCCACUUCCGGAACGAGAAAAGCAAGAAGACAUCCCACCAGUCGAGGCUUGUGAAUAUAUCUCCCAGUUUGACAACCUGUUACAGGCGGCUAAAGAUGGGGGUCUCAAAGACUCAACCCUGAUAGGACUGUCGUACAUCAAGGAACUGUUUCACCCGACCAAUGAAGAGGCCCCUAAGUAUUCCUGUGCGCUGUGCAAAUGUUUGUGUGGGGAUAACACGAUCAUCUACCAUCUCAUUGGCAAGAAACACAGGAUGCAGUAUCUGAAAUGCCACCAUGAAGAGCUCUUUAAGCAGUUCACAGCAAAUCAGCGCCUAGUGGUACAGGAGUUGCCCAAGAAAAUACGAGACCUCAGUGAUAAAGAUGGACCUGGAGAGAUGACCUCCAAAACUGCAGGCUCGGCCAAAAUGUGGCGACAUUCCAAGAAGAAAGAAACUGAAAAGAUACCCGACAGUACUCAGGUCCUGGACGAGUCUGCUCGAGCUGAAAUUUCUGAAGAAGAGCAUGUUAAGAAGGAUGAGGAGGAGGAAGAAAAUGAAGAAUAUUCAGGGGAGUUAACUCCACCUCAAGAUGGAGAACCCACGCCUCUUGUCACUCAAGACAACAAACCAGCACCAGGUUCAGGACUGCCUGCCAUCAAGUUUGGCAUCAAGAAGACUGAAGCAGCCCCAACCCCUGUGAAGCCUAUCAAUGUGCUUGAUCUAUCUCCUGUGAAGAAGGGAGGAUUCGAUUGGAGUGAGGAGAACAGUGCAUUGCAGGCCAAAAUCAAGAACCAGUCAAUCAUUAAGAGUUCCCGUAACUCCAAGUUCAUCACAGUGUACUCUGGAUUCUUCAAGAAGUUUCCUGUCAUUGGCCUCCAGUGGGUAUCUGAGUUCCAAAAACCCGACCCGAAGCACGAGCCCUGGUACAUGUGCUUUAUGUGCCAGCAGAAACUGCAGUGGAAAAACAUCCUGGAUCAUGUCACAUCCAACAUACAUAGACUUAAUUACAUGAACAAGAAUGACUACCGGGACAAGUAUAAUGCUGUGUACGAUGCCAUUAAGACAGACAAGGCGAAGGCAAAAUCCUUGAUUGAGAGGUUUUGUAAGGACAUAGCAGACACAGAGGGGCCUCAGAAUGUGGAAGUUAUGCUGGAACUUAAUGUGAAUACAGAGGCAUUUAAAGGGGUCAGCAAGAUACAAGAGAACAUUAAAGCCCACACAGCCACGACUUCAUCUGCACUUGUUUCCAAUACCGACGCAAUUACCACACCAACUACAACUGUAGCACAAGCAGUUCAACCUUUUGGAGGAGCUUCAACGCUGGUUCCUUCAUUUCCUCUGCCGCAACAAGCAAGCGGAUUUCCUGCUCAACAACUGGUUCCCAGUAUACCACCUCAACUUGCAAACAUGGCGCCUAGAAAUGUAUUGGUCCCUUCGAUGCCAAUGGCUACAUCGUUGCCAGAUUUUUCUAUACCCCCACCAGGGUUUCCAAGGUUUCCAAACGUUUCAGGGCCACCUCCACUACUUCUGCCACCUGCUCCUUCGGUUUCUAUGUUUCAGAUAACGCCUCCACCUCAAGGUCAAUCACCAGCACAAAUUGCGCCAAAUUUGCGCCCAACGAUGGCACCCAACCAGCCAUCUCAUUCACCAUUUGGACCGAACUUCUCUCAGAGUAUUCCAAAUGUACCAUUUAGUACAACUGUCUCACAUAAUCCUUCUGUCUCACAGAUUUCGAACAUGAAAAUUCCUCCACCCGCAGUUUCCAUUUCUCAAGCAAUUGUUUACCCUUUAAGUAGCCAAUCUGUUCAUGCUUCUCAGUCGAAUGUUUCUCUGGCAGCAGUUCCGAUGUCAGUGUCUACGCCAUUUAGUAAGCAACAUCCGUGGCAGACUUCCUUGCCACAAUUGACUGCUACACUAAUAGCUAGCAGUUUGCCAACAGCUGCUUCUGGUUCUGAAAAUAAAAUUGGUGAAAUCGCAUGCCCAUCAUAUCAGUUGGAAAAAACUAGUUCUGAAAACUAUAAAGCAAGAACUGCAACUGAUGAACAAUACGCGAGUGGGUAUAGCGCAACGACUCAUGAAAGCUAUGAUCCUGAAGAACCAGGUUUUGAUAGAGGCGACAAAAGAAAGUAUGGAGAACUCGAUGACUUGAACGUAGUCACUGGAAGAAGUGAUCGCAUUGUAGCCUUGAAAAAAGAAAGAUACUCGCGUAGUCCAAGUGGCUCAAGAGAAACCGAGGAAUUUAGAAGAGUAAGACUCCGGUCUAGGAGUCCAGAUUCACGCUACAAUAGGAGUAAAGAUCAAAGGUCAUUCAGUCCACCGCGUGACAUAUAUCGUCACCAUCCAAAUGAAUCCGAUACGUACAAAUAUUCUGAGCGCUCGUACCCGGAAAGCAGUGCCCAGUAUGAUCGGGAACUAGAUAAAGAUCAGCUUGAUAUGUUGUUGAAGAAAUAUAAUGACCGCGAGGACGGUUUUGACGACUUCGAUGACUUUCUCACGAAUGAAGACAGUCAAAAUAAAUAUGAACCGGAGAGAAAGGUUCAAUUAAGACAUGAUCGACAACGUAUCCAGGUUAAUUUCGGACCUGGUGUAAGUCGUGAAGACAUUGAGGUGCCCUCCAGAGCUGAUGAAGGAUCAAGAAGCAAAACGUAUGACCCUCAUGGACGAAGAGAAAGGUAUGAAGACACCUAUGAACAUCGUAGGUACGAGCAUGGCCAUUCCAGGGAAGAACGAUCAUACCGUUCUGAGAAACUGAGUACUGAUAGUCUUGAACGAAACUAUGAACAUAAAGCUGGGAGUUUAGAACGAAAUGGUGAAGGUUAUCACGGAAGGAGUUCAAGCUUUGAUAGGGAAAGAGAAAGGGAAAAAUACAGUUUUGAAAGGUAUAGACCGAGAGGGCACAGCAGGGAAAAGAAAGAAGAAUAUGUGCGAGAACGCACAUAUAGAGAAGAUGACAGGCUAAGGCAAGGGGCCGAGGGAAGAAGUGAUAACGCUGAUAAGAAGAUACGGAAUGAACCAUCUCGAGAAGAAAUUGAUGAACUGUUGCGCCAAGCGGUGAGUCAACCGGAGAGUCGUUUUGCGGAGGACGUCGUUCCCGACAAGAUAGAGGACCCAAGAUACCACCAGAUCCGUUUAGAAAAGGACAGAGCUCGUCCAGUCCGUCUUCCUGAAGACAGGGGGCAAGACCGAUGGCAUGAUCGUGAAGAAGAGGAAAGGUACCGCGAUAGACACGCUGAUCUUGAUGGUCGAUAUCGAGACUUCCCCAAUGACAGGCGUGGUGGCAGAAAUCUCAGUGACAAAAGUGGUAGGAAUCCGGACGUUGAUUGGCAUGAAGAACGGGGCUAUGACCGAAGGGCGGGACCUGACAUGCGCAGCGAUGAUACGCGCAAAGAUAUGCGCAGUGCUAACUAUUAUUGAAAAUUACGGCGUUAAUAAACUUAUUUCUGUAUGUUGUAAAUCGCUGAACCUUGAUAAAUGCCUUUUUUUGCUAAAUUCGCUUUUGUAUUUGUUAAACAAAGACAUUGUUGUUCAGAUUGUUUGUAAAAUACUUUGUAAUAGUCAUGAUACUACGACCACAUACGCUUUUUUGUUUAUGACCAAAGGUCGAUUGGCAUUGUUUCGAAAUGUGUGUUUAUGUUCAUUAUUGUCCGUUUCGGAGAAAUGUUUGCUUAUAAGUAUACAUAACAAUUUUUCUUUUGCACUUUAUACAUGAUCGUCAUUACAUCCGUUAAUCAUUUUUCUUGUUAAUGAUAUCAACAAUUAGAGAAGUGAUAUUUUCUCGUGUGUAUGUUUGUCCACGAAUUCCACACAGAUGAGACUAUUUUACCCGUCAGAUUAUUGUACAGACUACUAAAUUUCAAUCUGAUCGAGGGAAAUAACAAAAAAUAUCAGCCUGUGUUUUUGUUUGCUGAAUUUAAUGAUUUGUAUGUAUGCUUUUUCAGGCGCUAUUAUUCAAUUUCUGCAUGCGUCGCGUUUUGUUAUCGUUCUCUCAUUCUGUUCAUGAGAAAUCUCACUCAUUUUACAUGUUGAUUCUCCUCUAUAAACAUUGUGUAUUUCACUUUGCUUAUGUUAUAUUUAGCUUGAUAUAUUGUUGUCUGUCAUUGUUGUAAGAUGUAAAAUAAAUGUGAACAAAACGAUUGAU